UGCAUGUAAUGAGCUACUCGUAAUGCUGGUGCCUGCAGGACUGUGUGCAGUCAUUGGCUGCCUGCAUCUUACGCUGCCCAGGAUCACACAAAACCCUGAUUGCGGGCUCAGUAGUGCAGUGAUUGGAGGGCUUGCUGGUUUUCAUUCACAGAGGAGAGCAGAGGACCAGUCGGCAGCAUCCUCUCAAGGGCUCCAUAAACAUGGCGGAGCUGGAGAAUGGGGUCCAACUGGGUCCAUGUGACUGCAAUGACUCCAAUUUGACUGGCACAGGCACUCCAUCUGCUGUGUUCAGUAGAAGACAAGACCAUGACAGCAUCAUUCUUCCGGUCAUCUUUGGCAUCAUCUGCUUGGUAGGCACUAUUGGAAACUGCAUUGUCAUCUACACCAUAAACAAAAAGCCAAAAGGAAACCACAACAUUGCCGAUAUCUUCAUUGUGAGCCUGUCAGUGACCGAUCUCCUCUUCUUGCUUGGGAUGCCAUUUUUAAUUCACCAGCUUCUGGGCAAUGGAGUCUGGCAUUUUGGUGCCACCAUGUGUACUCUCAUCACAGCUUUGGAUGCCAACAGCCAGUUUGCCAGCACCUAUAUCCUGACUGCAAUGUCCAUUGACCGCUACCUUGCCACGGUACACCCCAUCCGCUCUUCGUAUGUGAGGACAACCUGUGCAGCGGCUAUGGUCAUCUUGAUGUUGUGCCUCUGUUCCCUGAUCACCAUCAUCCCCGUUUUCAUGUACACCCAACUUAUUGAGCUUCCAGAUGGCAAUGCCGGUUGUGGCAUCAUUUUGCCCAACCUGUCGAUUGACAUUUAUUGGUACACUCUCUAUCAGUUCUUUCUGGCCUUCGUCAUCCCUCUCCUCAUCAUCUGCGUUGUCUACAUCAAGAUCCAGAAGCAUAUCUCAUGCAUGGUGGUCCCUCUACCCCAAAGGAACUUCAGAGUACGCUCCAAGAAGAUCACUAGGACAUCUGUCACUAUUUGUUCUGCCUUCUUCAUUUGUUGGGCUCCGUACUAUAUUUUGCAGCUGGUGCACCUGAAAGUAGAAGAUCCUACGGUGAUAUUUCUGUAUGCCUACAACGUAGCGAUCAGCCUUGGCUAUGCUAAUAGCUGUAUAAACCCAUUUAUUUACAUCGUCUUAAGUGACACCUUCAAGAGACAUCUGAUUAAGGCUGUAUGUCCAGGGCAGCAGCAGAGGCGAGGUGAGAGGCACACCACCAGUGAGGUCAGCCCUUCUGUCAGAAUAUGCUCUGUGCCCACUCAGGAGACCUCUCUAAGCAUGAUGUAUGCCCACAACAUAGACAAUUACAUUUCUCUGUCCGUUUCUGUCCCGUGAACAAAUCACCUUAAAGAAGCCACUGGGAUAUUGCACAGAACUCAUUGCUUAAAGGACAACGAUCUCAACGUGGAAGGGUUUAAGGAAAACAUUUUCACAAAUGGAAUUAUUUCAGUUUUCUCGUCUUCACCCCAUAAAAUUAAACAUCAAAAAGCUCCAGUUCUAGCUCAACCCUUACUGCACUCUCUCGCUGAGCUGGGAGACAGGCAAUGGGUCAUAUUUACAGACUAGGAAAAAUGUGGAUGUGCAGGCAAUUUGCUCUUGUACAACUGCCCCUAUUCACCUAUUUUACAUUAUUCUUGUUGCAUUACGGUUUGCACAUUUUGCACUGGUCUGUGCAUGCCCGCAGAUGGAAAAGCACAUAGAUGGAGUAUAAGACAUGCCAGGAAAAAAGUCAUGCCUAUGUCCAAUGUGGUGGCAACAUUGCAGUAGAUAAGAGACUCUAUGGACUUCUAUACAGGGCUGGACUGGCCAUCUGGCAUUUCUGGCAACUGCUAGAACGGUCAAUGGCCUGAUGGGACAGUCUGGCCCGAAAGCCUGGCCAAGCAGCUCCUCCUCCAGGCGCUCUGCUGGGCUGACAUGCUGAGGGAAUGCCUGGGCCCAAUUACAUCCCCAGUCCAUCCCUGCUUCCACUUAUUAUGUAUUUAUUUACUAGCAAUUAUUUAUAUAGCGCACACAUAUUACAUACCCUGUCACAUACCCAGAUGACACAUAGGUAUGCAACAGGGUAGACGCACCAGGAGGGGUAAAACAAAUGAUUGAGGAUCUAGGUAGACUAGAGGAAUGGGCAAGAAUGUGGCAAAUACAGUUUAAUGUAAACUAAUGCAAAAUCAUGUAUUUGGGUCUCAAGAACCCAAAGGCUAAACCGCUCUGAAAUUGUCGGGUUUUUUUUAUGAGUGAAUGAGGUGAAGAACAUGAAUUUAACCCUAUCCUAAACGAUUUUAGUAAAAAGAAAAAAUAUAUACAUUUUUUUUUUAAUUAUCCCCCAAAACAUCGAUCGGGAACAUUGCAACCAUUGGAACAUCACAACCAUUGUGACUUUAGUUUUUAGGUCCUGGACAGC